AUGCGCGCCGGUCAGUCCCGCGACACACCGCCGCGGUUCGAGGUAGAUAUGCCGCGACGACGUUACGUCGGCUGACAGGCGCGAGGCGGGGACGCAACGACGAUGAUUUCGCUGUCGCUUAUCGUCAUGUGCGAACGGAUAAUUGCGACCGCGAUUAGUCGCCCGGCUGGGAGGCGAACUUAACCUCUAACGCGUGGCAAACGAAAGGGAAGGCUCGCUCGGCGGCUCGGGAGAGAGUGAGAGAUAGCGGCGCGAGUAAAAAUGUGAUUACUUCACCGACAGGCUGUACGUAAUGACGUCGUGACAGGCUCGUGCUUCCACGAGCGAGAGAGAGAGCGCGAUGGAUAAUUACUCCGUGCGCAUCAGCUACCCGCCAACCGCCGGCCGUGACCCGGAGGACGCGCAGCCGACGAAGCCGCAGUACGCGGAACACGCGAAGCGAACGCGCGAGGAUGUGAUCGUACUGACGAGCGACACUAAGGGCGGCCUGCUCAACCCCCGGGCCCUGCUCUUUCUUACACUGUGGUACGUCUUCAGCGGGUGCACCCUGUUCCUAAACAAAUACAUACUGUCUUACAUGGAGGGUAAUCCUACUAUCUUAGGCGCUUGCCAGAUGUUAAUGACCGCGAUCUGCGGGUUGAUACAAAUGUACUUUCCCUGCGGCAUGUACAAGGCGAGCUCAAGAUUAAUGAGACCCCCCGGAUUCUACAAACACAUGACACUGGUGGGAUGCACGAGAUUUGCAACGGUAGUCCUAGGUUUAGUGUCGUUAAAUUAUGUAGCCGUAAGUUUCACAGAAACCAUAAAGAGUAGCGCACCACUUUUCACCGUCCUCAUCAGCAGGUAUUUAUUAGGGGAACAUACAGGAUUGUAUGUAAAUUUAUCAUUGAUACCUGUAAUGGGUGGACUGGCCCUGUGUUCCAUCAAUGAAAUCAGUUUUGAUCUCAGAGGUUUCAUCGCCGCUAUGGCGACGAACCUGACUGAAUGUUUGCAAAACGUCUACUCGAAAAUGUUGAUCAGUGGUGACAACUUUAAAUACACACCGGCGGAGUUGCAGUUUUAUACCAGUUUAGCGUCAAUUGUGGUACAAAUACCGGUGUCGAUACUGUUGGUGGAUUUACCAACGCUGGAACAUUCCCUGAGUUUUAAGUUAUUCGCGGCAUUCCUUCUCAACGGGGUGUUCUUCCACUUUCAGAGUAUCACCGCUUACGUACUUAUGGACUAUAUCAGUCCGGUGACGCACAGCGUUGCGAAUACCGCAAAGAGAGCUUUCCUGAUAUGGCUCUCAGUCUUGUUGUUCAACAACCCAGUGACGGGAUUAUCGGCACUCGGCACCUCGGCGGUGAUAGCGGGCGUGUUGUUGUACAAUCGGGCGCAGGAAUACGACAGGAUAAGCAGAACGAAGUUACGACACUCGUCGAAGAUCAAUCUGCAGUAGGACAAUUGUUUCGAAAUAGGACCAGGAGAAAUCCUACGUCCGUAGCCUCGGAGAGGAAGAGCCGACGCCCGAAAUGUGUAAUCUCCCUCGAUUACGUCUCUCAUGUCAUUAUAAUGCGUGUGUGUUCUUUCAUCAAUAUUUCGUAUUCAUUCAAGAUUCAGAAAUAUUUGAUAUUCAUUAAGAUUCACAGUGACGUCGAUCGCUCUCUCAAGUCGAAUUUCCGAGUUCGACUAAACGUGCGCGGAUGUUUCAGCCGUCCGACUCUUCUCUUCGAGGCACCGCAUACGAGCAGAAGGAGAAACGUGUCGCAACACCAAAUGUAUUGCGUAUUGCAUUGGUAGUACAAACCGCCCGGUUUUUAUACGGCAGUAUUUCAUUCAGCGCGGAACGGUAAAGUAUUAGCGAAAGACGCGAGAAUUGACUGAAAGUGUAACCGGUGAAAAUUGUCUGUAUUGUUGAUUGAAUGUCGAUUGUGUUAACUUCCGCUCGCGAUCUCCGACCUGAAGCACUCGGUUCUUCAUCUCUCGCAGUCUGUGCAAUGUAUUAGUAACCAAAUGGCACUUUCGAGGCUAAUUCAUCGGCGCUUUAGAAACCGGAUUCGUUGCUAUUUCGGGACUCUGACAGUUCGCGGGAAAACCGGAAUAAAAACCGAGAGAUUAAGACAAGUGAUUACAUGUGUCAAAAAGUAUCUAUUGCUGUACAUUAUACAGGUAAUACUUACUGUUCCUAAUGUGAAUCCGAGAAUUAUGGAAUGUAAAAAUGUUUUAUAAAAAUAAAGUCUCUUUGUACCUAUUAA